GCUUUAAAUGUAUCAAUACUUCACCUACGUACAUAUCGGAGAGGAGCUCCAGCCCAUAGCUGUCCACCUCAGGCCUGGACAGAGCUGGGACACGGCUGGGGGCUGGAGCUUGGAGCUCCUCUGGCUGUUGGUUCAAGUUAAAACCAUAGACUGUAUAUUAAUAACAGUCUAUGGUUAAAACCAACAGUUAUGUCAUCAAGGGGAGGGCUUUACAAUCUUCAAACUGCCACAAAUCCCAGAAAAAGAAUGUGACAUGGUUGCCAUGACACUGCAUCUUGUCCAAAUUCAGCCAGACUGAAUCUGUUAACCUUAAACAUUUACAUUUCACUACCAGCGUUUGUCUUUUAGCAAUAUUUCAUGAUGCCCAAGAAGACCAAAGGCAAAGGUGGGAAGCAGAAGAAGGACAAUCGGCCUAAAGAGGAGAUACCCAAGGCUCAGCCAUCCAAGAUUGAAGGCGAAACCAAAGAGACGGUUAAAGAGAAGUCGCCAGCAGUGCUGGACGGGCCUUCAAAGAACAAGGAUGAGAUGUGGGAGGAAUGUGCAAGUGUCCAAGGGGAAUUCUCUAUGGUGCUGAAACAGAAAUGGCACUUUAAGAUGGAGAAGGACAAGGCCCAAAGAUACUGGGACAACUCCAAGAGGAACCUGGAUGAGGCCAAGGCCAGUAUGAGAGAGAGGCUCAGGUUAAAACAAGAGGCCGAGAGACAUCACCAAGCAGAAAUUAAAGAGCAUGAGCAGAAGCUGAAACAAUUGGAGACUGCUCACCACAACGAGAUCUGUGAGCUGAAGGUGGCCAACAUCUCCAGGACCUCAAAGACCCAGAGGGGCCAAGUGGAGUCGGAGCUAGUGCUUCAGAAGAAAAAGAACAUUUUACAAGCGGACAUGGGAGAGAGAGAGUCCUGUAAUAAAAUCUUCAUUAGAAAGUUCAAGCAGAGACAGCAGGAUGAAUUAAAGGAACUAAAUGAUAGCUAUGAAAAGACAGUCAGAGAAAUGGAGGCCAACUAUAUCAACACGAUGAAAAUCAUGGCCAAAGAGCACAACCAAAACACCCAAACUACGCUAGAUGAGAUCGACAAGCAAAUGAAAAUGAGGAUUGUAAGUGUUGUAGCGGCGCAAAACAAAGCCUGGAGAGAUCUCAACAAGUCCGUCGCAGAUAAACAUCACGUGUGCUUGGAAAAGGAGAGGCUAGAGACAGAACUUGAAGCUGCAAAGGGAAAGGGCGAGCUACUAGACUGGAGGCUGGCAGCAGCGGUGCAGAAGAACAAAAGCAUAACCGAGUCUCUGCAGGAACUGGAGCCAAAGCUGUCUGAGAGCCGCACACAGCUGGUGAAAGAGAGAAAAGCCAUGGCCAAGAGUUUGAAGAGGGGCAAAGAAAUGAGUGCACACAUACUGAGGGAGAGACAUGAGCUGUAUUUGAAGCGCCAGCAGUUGGAGCUGAAAUAUGAACAGGUUCAGCAGGAAUACGACGAGCUGCAGAAGAGGCAGACCGAGGCCAUUCUGGAUGUGCAGCAGAAAAGCGGCCUGAAGGCCUUGGUGCUGGAGAGGAAGCUAAAGGCCAUGACAGAAAUGCAGGAGAAGGAGCAGCUCGAACUCUGGGUGGCGCUCACAUUCGGACAGGGAGACCAAACGGCUGCAAAAAACAUUAAGGAACUUUUUGUGUCCAAAGACGCCACCGUGAGGGCUUUGAAGGCUGCCGUGUCUCGAGAUUUAAAGGUGUAUGACGACAUAGUUAAGAACGCGGCAGUCUUGGGGAUCUUUGUAGACACAUGGCUCCCAAUGGGUGAAGUAACCAUGAGGAAUGCCUCGGAGCAUAGCGUUCCUCUACAAGGCAAGAACUUUGACAACUUGAUGCAGGAACUGACCGCUUUGUGCAUCUCUGGGGACGACUCGGUCCAAAAGGACUCCCUGGGACUGAACACUGUUAGCGCCAGUCCAGACAGUGAACGCCUGCAGCUCUCGGGAGCUUCUGGGUGGGUUCAGGUGCCUAUUCCCACAGAGUCUGAAGAUGGUGGUUCCUGUGUCAGUGACCAGCAGUCCAUGGUGACCCCUAGAGCUACAGACGACUCAGUGCUGGAUGAAAACGUUACACUGCCCGACUCUUGAUUGAUUCAUUAUCACCAGUAAUGCCGGGGAAACUAGUACAGUAGAAUAGUUAAGAUAUGUCCUAAAGAUGCAACCAUGAAGAAAAUCUAGAAAUGUAAACCGUAAGAUUGUACAAGAUACAAGUGAUAUCCUGCAUGUUGUGCCUGUGACACCAUUAUAAAAUAUCUCAUGCUCCUUCCAUGCAUGUAAAAACAAAGUGUGUGAUACUAAUACCUGGCUGGAGUUUACAAGACUUGUGGCUGAAUUCCUUGCAGCCCAAGAGAGGCCUUCAGAGACAUGCUGUGGGUCUAAUCUGUAAAAGUUCUUUAUUAAAGGAUAUGAGAGUACUCUUGUGGCUGAUUUACUUGCCAGGAAGCUGAAACAAUGAUUUUAGGAAAGAGGUCAGCACUACACAUAAUGUCAAAGCCAAAUAUAAAGACUUUUAGUGAUUCACAAGUUGUUUCUCUGGACCUGAGCAAUGGAAUAUUGACUAAAUGCCUCUUUGUACGCUGUUGAUAUAUUGUGAUGACACUUAAGGAAUGAUUAUUGUUGCUGUCCCUGC